AGUCACCGCUCGUCUCGCCUCUCGCGAUCUCGCCCUCCGUGUGCCCAACAAGCCAGCGUUACGUGGCGGAACCGCGCCCCGUGAGCUCAUCGUCGCCCUGCCGCAUACUACGUCGCCUCGCCUCGCCCGUCUUUUCGCUUCGCCGGCCCUCCUUCACCUCCGAAAAGCACAUCGGCAUCCCGAUACCGAAGUGUGCAGAAUGGCACCUAAACGAAAAGCAGCAGCGGGCAGCAAAGGUGCAAAGAAAGUGAAAACGGAGUCGGAGGAGCCAGAGGAUGCCUUCCGAUCGGCCAAGGAGGCCCUGAAGUCUGCAGGCAAAGGAAAGGGCACCGCCAAGGUGGACACUGCCUGUUGCCUCAGCAGAAACCCUGAUGCCAAGAUUUAUGCCGACUACGACUGCAUGCUGAAUCAGACCAACAUUGGCAACAACAACAACAAGUUCUACAUCAUUCAAGUCAUUGAGGCGGGCACCUCGUUCUACUGCUGGAACCGUUGGGGCCGUGUGGGUGAGGUAGGCCAGUCCAAACUGUCAUCAGCCUACGGGAACCUGGCCACCGCCCAAGCAGACUUUGAGAAGAAGUUUAAGGACAAAACCAAGAAUGACUGGAAGAACAAGGACAACUUCAAAGCGCACCCCGGGAAGUACACGCUGAUCGAAGUGGAGGGCGAGGGGGAGGAAGUGACCAGCGUCAAGACGGACACCGUGGAUGGAAGAGUCAAGAGAGUUCUGCCCUGCACCUUGGACAAGCCGACCCAGGAGCUCAUCCAGCUCAUCUUCAGCAAUGACAUGUUCAACAACGCCAUGGAGACAAUGAACCUCGAUAUUAAGAAGAUGCCCCUGGGGAAACUCAGUAAGACGCAAAUCGGCAAAGGGUUUGAGGCCCUUGAGGAGCUGGACGCGGCUCUUCAGAGCAAAUCCUCCAAGGCGAAGCUCGAGGAGCUCUCAUCCAGCUUCUACACCAUCAUCCCCCAUAACUUUGGGCGCAUGCGGCCGCCCGUUAUCAACUCCCAAGAAGUCAUACAAGCCAAGAAGGAAAUGCUGCUGGUUCUUGCUGACAUUGAAGUGGCUCAGAGUCUCCAGGCAGAAAAACAGAAGGUCAAGGUGGAAGUGGAGGAGAUUCCUCACCCAACUGACCAGGACUACAUGCUACUCAAGUGUGGCCUUACGCCCCUAGAUGAAAAGUCGAAAAACUACCAGAUAAUCAAGAAGUACCUGAGUGUCACUGGAUCACCGUCACUGAAGCUUCUCAAUGUGUGGGAGGUGGACCGGGAAAAAGAGGGCGAGCGCUUUAAAACCCACGAUGGCAUAGAAAACCGGCGCUUGCUGUGGCACGGCACCAACGUGGCCGUCGUUGCAGCAAUCCUGAAAAGUGGCCUAAGAAUCAUGCCUCAUUCUGGAGGACGAGUCGGGAAGGGCAUCUACUUCGCUUCAGAGAACUCCAAGUCAGCAGGCUAUGUGCAGCCCACCUCCAACAGAAUUGGCAUCAUGUUUCUUAAUGAAGUAUCUCUGGGUAAGGAGUACACCAUCACCAUCGACGAUGGGCGUUUAGUACAGGCACCAAAUGGCUACGACUGCGUUGUGGCACGAGGUCGAACAGAACCAGACGCCUCCAAGGACAUGAGCAUCAUACUGGAUGGCAAGAAGGUGAUGGUUCCCCAGGGGAAGCCGCUGUCACAGACGGAGUACAACAGCAGCUACUUCUGUCAGAGCGAGUAUGUCAUCUACAAGGAGAGCCAGUGCCGUAUCCGCUACCUGCUGCAGCUAAAGUUCUAAGGAUCACCAAAGCGUGUGGUUAAAGGGGAUGCCAGAAGUGCUCAGUCACAUGUGAGCUUUGAAGACAUGGCCACGUGAAACAAUGCGGCCGCUUGUGUAAAAAUCGUCAGAGAAGAUCAGCCCAGUGACGUCCCAAGAAUCAGUGUGGCCAGCCACCCCCUGAGCUGGCCCUUCAGAUGACCAGGAUGUACUGGACUUGCAUUUCAUGGCAGAGUCCGAUUCGCUACAAAACCUGGGACGUCACUGGGAUUUUUAUGAAAAUGGCCGCGUUGGCUCACUGACAGAGCUCCCAUAGGAAAGGGCACUGCUGGCUCUUGAAAGAUGGCACAAUGUGUUGACUUCCUUUUAAAUGGGGCCUGCCCAUUAGAGGGCUCUGACCGCUGUGCCACUCCUUCAAUCCCCUGACUUUAUCAAUGGCAUGCUGAUGAUAGAAAACCAGACCCGAGCUCAUUUCUGGUCUCAACUCGUUGACGUACGUGCGCUCACGCUUUUACAGCCCCUUGCUGGCAUCCUGAUCAAGUGUUUACAUUGGGAGGUGACAGCGGGCACAUCAUCACCGACCGACCACACUACAAGCAUGGGUUCAAGUGGCCACCAGGCCUCUGACCCACAGCCUUACUAGGAGCCAAGUGCUCGCACAAGGCAACGCUUCUAGAUGACUGUGCCCACUGCCCAACUCCCACAUGGUAAGCUCAAGCAAACUCUUGUGACAAACACUGACAUGCGCCCCAUGCCACUCAGUCAUCCCAAUCGCCACGUUGCUUCUCAAUGAGUUAAGCACCCCGAACAUCAAAAACAGCGAGGUGAUGAAUGGAUGUGGGGCUUGGGGCCCAGCCUGCCCACUUCUGACCCACAGCCAUGGCACUGCCCUUCAGGAUUUGGCUGAUCCCAUUGCUUUAAUGUGCUGCUCUUGUUGACUCUUGAUUUCAAAAUCGGCAAGGAGUCAAGAGUUGUGUCUGGUGGCAGCUGUCCCUGUCCAUCUCGGAGCAACGACACCUCCACCUGUGUGGAUCUGCUUGGCCCCUCAAGGCCGGUGUGUGACAACCAAAUAAGGCGGCCAGCAGCCCUUCAGUCACACCCCAAGAGCGCAAUAAUUGGUGAAGCCAGUCCCGUCUGUGAAGGCUAUUAUAGAGCUGGACUUGAACUGGAGUCACAAAAGGUGCCCACCGAGUACUCCUAUGAGGUGAGCCCAAUGGACGCCACUGCUGGUCCACCACUUGUGGUAUGGCAUGGCUCAGGGAAGGGGCUUUUUGAUUCUGGCUGCAGCAUGUGGCGCCCAGUGGCUCUUCCAGAGACAAUAGUUUCUUCAUUGAACGUUGGCAUUGUUUUGUGUUGCCUUUACUGGUAUAGCCUCCUGAUUUGUGCUUAGUAUUAGGAAUGUGGAAACGCUGCUGACCUUCUAGCUCUUCAUACAUGAAGAAACGGCCUUCAGGCUGAGGUCGUGAGAUGUAAAGCAGAUGACGAUCAAGCAAAUCAAGAACACAAAUUCACAUUGCCGUCCUGAACUCGGGUUUGACAUUAAAACAUACUGGUAAUGCAAAACCAAGAGGGAAAGAAGAACGGCGAGCUGCCCAUUCGAUGAGCCUCAAAACUCCGAAUACACGGACCGGCCAGCCGGCUCUCCAUUCCCAAAUGUCUUACCUCUGCGUCUGCACACGUCGGCCUCGUUUGGUUUACCGUUCGUCUUCUUAGAGUGUCCAAUGUCUUCUCGUUUCAUGUAGCGCCUUGAGACGUGCAGACACACAUGGAUACUGUGGCUCUAAGCCCUAAACUGGCGGCACCGAGGACCACCCGCUUGUUUAACGUCGUAAUAAACUAUGGGCUGACUGACUCUGCUUCUGGCUUUCUCUCUCCUACUGAAUUGAGCUUAAUAAAUAAUACUGGAAGUCA